AUGGAGGAUGGGGCAGAUAAGAAGAGAGCAAGGGAGGAAAAGCAAUUGAAUCAGGAAGAAAAUGUAAUACUACUUAAUGGGUACAAGAAGAAGAAGGAUUUUGAGUGUACUGAUGGCAUAGAAGAAGAGGGAUAUGGAAGAAAAAGAGGAGAGAUAUUACAGGAUGAAAAGGAUAGAAGGGCAAAAGAAAUAGCUAAUCGUGUGGAGAUGCUUUCAAGAUUCGAGUAUACUGGUGGUUGUGGCAAAGUCGAAGGGCCAGGACAUGCCUCCUCAUCUUCCUCUUCCUCUAUUCGACUUUCAAUUAAGAAAGUUGAAAAAGGAAGAGGUCAGAAGAAGAUGAAAAACAAAAUAACCCAACUCACGGCUUCUCAGAAGCGAGAUGUGGCAUACCUAAGAAGAAGCCCAGACAACAACUGGGUGCCUCCCAAAUCACCCCAUAAGCUCCUCCAAGAGAAUCAUGCUCAUGAUCCUUGGAGAGUUGUGGUGAUAUGCAUGCUGCUUAAUUGCACAUCUGGUGCCCAGGUUAAACCACUUUUAAAUGACUUCUUUGCUCUGUGUCCUGAUGCAAAGACCACCAUUGACGUUGCCAAUAAAAAGAUAUCAGAGCUCACUAAAAGUUUAGGCUUACAAAAUAAGAGGGCAGCGGCGAUAAAACUCUUUUCUGAAGAGUAUUUGAAAGAGGGCUGGACCCAUGUCACCUAUUUGCCUGGUGUUGGAAAGUAUGCUGCUGAUGCAUAUGCAAUAUUUUGUACUGGGAACUGGCAUAGGGUGGUACCUAACGAUCACAAGCUGAACGAAUAUUGGGAAUUCCUUUGGAGGGAAUUCGUAAGGAAGGCGCUUGGGGAUGGUAAAGGAGUAAUCGGUUUAGUGAAUUCUCAGUUCCUCUUGUUGAGGCAUUAUUACAUGUUUAUUGGUAAAUUCUACAUGGUGGUUGUCAUAUAA